AUAAUUUGUUAAAAAGUUACCUAGAUAUUUAGAAUGGUGUGCAGACGACGAUUGUACGAAACAAUGAGUAACUUGUUCAAAUGGAUAUUCCUACUUCAAGUAGUAGUUGUAACAAGUGGGGAUAUGGAUACAGUUCAAUGCAAGAACCCAUGUAGCUGUAACUUCAACACUAAAUCAGCAACCUGCAAUGCUCGUUAUUUACGGUAUAUUCCAAGGUUACCAUCGGACAUACAGACGGUCAAGUUUGUUCAGAACAAUUUCACAUAUCUAGAUAAAUACUUUUUCAGAAAUCUGACUUCUUACAAUCGAAUUGUAACACUCAAUUUGACUGAUAAUCUCAUACACUUCAUAAGUACCAAUGCUUUUCUCGAAUUCAAGUAUUUAAUGACGCUUGAUAUUUCAAAAGAGCCCAAUCUCAACAUAACUAUGCUACAACAAUCUCUAUACAGUUUACCUGUGCGUCAAAUGUCAUUUAUUCAGUUUUCUGGGAAUGGAUGGCGAUUUCUCCCAACGAACUUCUUUUUACCGUUCAUCAACAGCUACAGAACAUCAUUUAGCAUUUCCUUGACCAGAAACAAACUUCAAAGCAUAGAUUCUAAACUUUUUUUAUUUCUUAUUAAUCUGAAGACAUUAAAUCUUGCUUGGAAUUCAAUCAAAAAUGUCACUCUAGAAAAUGCAAUAUCCGUUCGAGUUCUCAAUCUAAAUAGUAACUUUGUACGUGAUAUUCCUGUCUGGUGUGGUCCUAGAAAUAAGACAAUGGUUCCCAAUCUUCAGAAAUUAUACUUAAGUGACAACUCAAUUGCUGAAAUGGAUAGCCUUUCAUUUAGAUGUCUAGGAAACCUCAAGAUAUUAAACCUUGACGCAAAUAACUUCCGGACGUUGCAAAGUAACACAUUCAGUGAACUACACAGCCUAAAUACAUUGUAUAUUUCAGAGAAUACUAGACUUAAAACAAUAGAAGACUAUGCUUUCAAUGUGUCGUCUUUACAAGUUCUCUAUUUUACACGAAAUCAUUACCAGUUUAACAAAGGAAUACACUACAACUAUAACCCGAGGAAUUUAUUUCUGAAAUGUCCUGAUUUAGAACAACUGGAUAUGUCCUACAACAAUUUGCCAACCAGAAACCAGUAUAAUUAUUUCCGAGAUAUAUUUCGUCCACUAGUUAAACUGAAGAUUUUGAGGCUAGAAAGUACAUCAUUGCGUUCUUUGCCUUAUUAUGCAUUUCCUACAAUGAAAUAUUUGCAAAUUCUAGAUUUGCAGAAAAACCUUUUACAAGGAUGGAACCGAAGUGACCGAGUGUUUGGAACCAACUCGUCAUUAAAAAUAUUAAAUCUACGAUCAAACUGGAUUAGAGUUGUCAAUAAAACAACAUUCCCUCAAAGUCUGUUGUUCUCGCUUGAUAAGCUCGAUUUAGGAGAAAAUUAUUUUUCUUGUAGUUGCGAUCAAAUGUGGUUUCGAGAUUGGAUACGGGAAAAUUUUGAAUCAAAAAUAAGUUACAGUAAAUUAAUGUUGGUUGGUUAUCCUGAAUAUUAUAAAUGUAAGCUGCCUGGGGACAUGAGAGGCGUGCUAUUACAAGAUUACAACCCGACGGAUGAUAAUUGUCAACUAGCGAACCCAUUAAUCAUAACGAUAUCACUUCUUGCGGGUGCCGGAAUAGUUUCUUUUUUUGUCAUAUUCAUAAUGUAUAGAUGUCAAACGAAUAUUCGAAAUUACUUAUAUCUAUGUAGAUUUUAUAAAAACAAAAAAUCCGGAUAUAUACAGUUGGAUAACUGUGAAGACUAUGAAUAUCACGCAUUCAUCGUGUAUUGUGAUGCAGAUAGAAACUGGGUCCAUAACGUUUGUGUUAAAAGGCUCGAAAAUGAAGAGGGUAUGAAAAUUUGCAUUCAUCAUAGGGAUUUUGACAUCGGAGAACCUGUAACAGGAAAUAUUGAAAAGUAUAUGAGUAAAUGUCGCAAAGUAAUUGUUGUUAUGUCGAACAACUUUGCUGAAAGUGAAUGGUGUCAGUGGGAAGUAGAUCUAGUUCACGAACGACGGAGGAGACAAGGAAAGGGCGUUUCUCUACUUAUCAUGCUUAGGAGUAUAGAUUCUAAGCAUAUGACAAAUCGUCUCAGAGCUUUGUUAGAUAGUACUCCACAUCUGACAUACUGUUCUGGUGUAGGCGAAAAGUUGUUCUGGACUGCGUUGAUAAAAGGACUGAGAAAACCUAUUGGUCAUCCACCAUUCGCUGUCGUCUGAAUUGCGUUUUGUGUAUAGUUAUCUAGAUAGUAAUUCGCCAGUAGUAAUACAGAAAUGAUGAGACAGAAAGUAGUUUUAAACCAUCUUCUUUGAUUGUCUAUUGGCGUGUUUUAUAUAUAAUGUAUAUGACUAUCGUUUUGUUAAAAUUGCACAAAUACUGCAGUGUGACAGAUAAACGAAAUG